CGCGCCACGCCGAGGGACUUCUGGACAGGACAAGACUCUAAAGCUACUCCCUCAGUCCAAGACACUCCCCCCCUCGGACCCAGCUUGCCCUCAGCCCUACCACCUGCCACUCCCUGGCCCCUCUCACCGCCCACCCCCCUCUUGGGGCACAGGGCAUGGUGUGACAGGCCAAGUGCUGAGGCGGGCACCAUGGGUGCUGUGCCCUAGGGCCUGGGUGGCAGGGGGUGGGUGGCCUGUGGGUGUGCCGGGGGGGCCAUUGUGCCCACCCCAGUCUCUUGGCGUGCUGGAGGGCAUCCUGGAUGGAAUUGAAGUGAAUGGAACAGAAGCCAAGCAAGGUGGAGUGUGGGUCAGACCCAGAGGAGAACAGUGCCAGGUCACCAGAUGGAAAGCGAAAAAGAAAGAACGGCCAAUGUUCCCUGAAAACCAGCAUGUCAGGGUAUAUCCCUAGUUACCUGGACAAAGACGAGCAGUGUGUCGUGUGUGGGGACAAGGCAACCGGUUAUCACUACCGCUGCAUCACUUGUGAGGGCUGCAAGGGCUUCUUUCGCCGCACAAUCCAGAAGAACCUCCAUCCCACCUACUCCUGCAAAUAUGACAGCUGUUGUGUCAUCGACAAGAUCACCCGCAACCAGUGCCAGCUGUGUCGUUUCAAGAAGUGCAUCGCCGUGGGCAUGGCCAUGGACGUGGUUCUAGAUGACUCGAAGCGGGUGGCCAAGCGCAAGCUGAUUGAGCAGAACCGGGAGCGGCGACGGAAGGAGGAAAUGAUCCGAUCACUGCAGCAGCGACCAGAGCCCACUCCCGAAGAGUGGGACCUGAUCCAUGUUGCCACAGAGGCCCAUCGCAGCACGAAUGCCCAGGGCAGCCACUGGAAGCAGAGGCGGAAAUUCCUGCCGGAUGACAUCGGCCAGUCACCCAUCGUCUCUAUGCCGGAUGGAGACAAGGUGGACCUAGAGGCCUUCAGCGAGUUUACCAAGAUCAUCACCCCGGCCAUCACCCGUGUGGUGGACUUUGCCAAAAAACUGCCCAUGUUCUCCGAGCUGCCUUGCGAAGACCAGAUCAUCCUCCUGAAGGGGUGCUGCAUGGAGAUCAUGUCCCUGCGGGCGGCUGUCCGCUAUGACCCCGAGAGCGACACCCUGACGCUGAGCGGGGAGAUGGCCGUCAAGCGGGAGCAGCUCAAGAAUGGCGGCCUGGGCGUAGUCUCGGACGCCAUCUUUGAACUGGGCAAGUCACUCUCUGCCUUUAACCUGGAUGAUACGGAAGUGGCUCUGCUGCAGGCUGUGCUGCUAAUGUCAACAGACCGCUCGGGCCUGCUGUGUGUGGACAAGAUCGAGAAGAGUCAGGAGGCGUACCUGCUGGCGUUCGAGCAUUACGUCAACCACCGCAAACACAACAUUCCGCACUUCUGGCCCAAGCUGCUGAUGAAGGUGACUGACCUCCGCAUGAUCGGGGCCUGCCACGCCAGCCGCUUCCUCCACAUGAAAGUCGAGUGCCCCACCGAACUGUUCCCCCCACUCUUCCUCGAGGUCUUUGAGGAUCAGGAAGUCUAAAGCCUCAGGCGGCCAGAGGGUGUGCGGAGCUGGUGGGGAGGAGCCUGGAGAGAAGGGGCAGAGCUGGGGGCUGAGGGAGGCCCCCCACCCCUCUUCUCUCCUUCCUCUCGUCCUCGGAUAGAUUCAGCUCCCACACACACCCCUGCACUGCCCGUCCCUCCUCAGAACCUCCAGCCCUGGGACAGGGCAAACACAUGAACUUGCUAUGAAAAGGACAGUGUGGGAGGCUGGGGGACCGUGUCCUGCAGUUCCCAGGACCCCGUCCUCUAAGAAGGUAGGGGAAGGGAGGGAGAACUAAGAGGGACAAGCCAUCUUGACCGUAGGGGAUGGAGGAAUGUGGGGUGGGGGGAAGAUGCCCUCAACUCAGCCCCUACACACACACAAGAGAGAGCCCCCCUGCCCAGAUCCUUGACCGAGGUUCCCCCUCCAGGCUAAGAGCCUCUCUGCUCCCCCGGAUGCCUGGGUGCAAAGAAAGGCUUGGCUUGGCUCCUCCCCCCUGGAGGUUAAAAAUUAGUCAUUCUAACUGCACUUUGGAAACCAGGCAAGGGGAGAAGAUAAAUGAAGAAAAACUAGACAGAGAGAAAAAGAAAAAAAAGAGUGAGCGACUGAUAGAGAGAGAGAGAGAUGAUAUUAAGUUAUUAACCGAGGCUGGCCCCCUACCACCCCUAAGCACUUUGAGAGCUGCCCCUCCCCCCCCCAAAUCAAAGAGAACUGCCCCCCCAUACCAGGUCCCCGAGGGUAGGGCUGCCGAUCAGAGCUGUGAGUUAACACAACAGGGUCCUGGCCAUCCCUCCUUGCCUUGCCCCUCCCUCUGUGCCCCUUCGGCACCCGCCCCCCCAGCCCAGUGCUCCCUCUGCUCUCUGCCACUCGUGCCCGCUGAGUUCCAUCUACCUCUCACGCUGGAUGCCAGCUGGCCCCUCACCAGCCUGCCCUGCUGCCCACACAGCUCCCCUCUCAAGUGCCCAGCCCCAGGGGCCUCUCCCUGCCCCCCCCCCACUCCUUCCACACCUUGGCACCCACACAGGAAAAACUGUGGCUCCAACUCCUGCCCUCCUCACAUCUGCAGUAUUAGCUACAAUCCAGAUGCUGCUGCGCUGGGGGAGGGGGCGGGGGGGGGGCGGUGUGUGUGAGCUUCUCCCAGAGCCUCCACUCCCUUAGGACCCUGUCCCGCUCUGUCUUCUGGGCUCUCUCUAACCUCUGCCCUCUUCCCCACUCCCACUCAAUGCACUAACCCAGACUCGGGGUGGGCAGGCACCAGAAUGGGGGUGCCUAGACAAAUGGCACUUAGUUGGGGCCCCAGGGGAGGGGGCGGUUGGUGCUCCUCCUUUUUUCUUUGAAGCUCUUUAGGCCAGCCGCCCCUCUGCCCCUAGGACCCCUUUCCCCUCUUCUUUUCUCUAAUUCAGGGACUUUGGCUUGAGCCACCUCCCACCCUCCUGGUGAGGAGUGCUCUGUUGGUCUGCACUUGGGUGAGCUGCCCUCCUCCUCUUCCUUUUGGCUAUUGCCCACUGCCCACUCCACAGGGGAGAGAGGGAGGGAGGAGGUAGCCCUCCCAUGGGUGGGGGG